GGCGGAUAGGACUCAGAAAAACGCACAGAAAAAAAAGAGAGGAAAAGGUACGCCCACCUCGGCAGCCUUCUCCCCGAUCCAUCCCCCACCGAAUCCUGCCGCAAUGUCCGACCACCGGGCGAAGCGGCCGGCCGACGCGGCGGCAUCGCCGGCGGCGAAGCGCGGCCGCGACCCGUCUGCACCGGCGUUCCCCACGUACAACGAGGCCCCCGACUUGCCGGCUAAGAUUCGCAUCCUCUGCGAGGCCCUGGCCAAAGUGGACUCCGCCCUUGACGUGGACGCCGCGCUCGACCACGAAGACAUCAGCGUCACCACCCACGACGUUGAGCAGGUGCUCCGCUUCUCCUACGCGCACCCGCGCGCCGCCGUCGCCUUCUUCCGCUGGGCGGGACACCGGCACCUCGGCCACGAGCACUCCCCCUACUCGUGGAACCUCGUCGUCGACAUCCUCGGCAAAAACCGCCUCUUCGAACCCAUGUGGGAAACCGUCAGCUCCAUGCACUCCCAGCGUCUGCUCUCGCUGGCCACCUUCGCCUCCGUGUUCUCCUCCCUGGCGGCGAGCCCCGGUGGCAACCCGCUUAAGGCGUUCGUGGACAUGUCGCGCUACGGCAUGACCCGCGACACGCCGGCGCUCAAUUCGCUCCUCUCCGCCCUUUGCCGCGCCAACCGCCUCGACGACGCCCGCGCUGCGAUCAUCGUGGCUCGCGCCGAGGCCGGCACGCGGCCUGACGCCGACUCCUACGCCAUCCUCCUCGAGGGCUGCGAGGCUGCAGCUGAUCCGCGGGUUGCGCGCGAGGUGUUCGAUGAAAUGGUGCGCGCCGUCGGCUUUGAUCCUGACAACGUGCCUGCCUAUGAUUCCUUCCUCACUACACUUGUUUCAAGUGACCCCUCCACGGCGCUACCGGAAGCUAUGAAGUAUCUGGCAUUCUUAACUGAGCGUCGUUGCUCGCCAGGAGAGAAGUUCUUCCGUGCUGCUCUUGCUGCACACCUUGAGGCACGCAAAUUGCAUGGUGCAAUAGUGCUUUGGAAUGAGUUUGUCGGACAUCGUGGGCUCGUCCCGGAUAUGGAAAUGUAUAACACAAUGAUCAUGCUGCAGGGCAGUCUUGGGCAUGCUGAGGUGAUAGUGGAGUAUCUCGAUGACAUGGCCUUCAAUGGAGUGUUCCCUGACUCCGGCACAUAUAAUUUGGUUCUCAAGUUUUUGCUCAAGGGGAGGAAGCUCCGGGAGGCAGCAGCGAUCUUUAGCGAGAUGGUCAAGAAUGAGCUUUGGCCAAAUGAGGAGAACUGCUCGCUUGCACUUCGCAUGUUCUUGGAUACACAUGAUUGGGAGAUGGGGAUCAAGGUCUGGAACUGCAUGGUGGAGAAUGGCCUGCCGCCAUUGGAAGAGAGUGGGAACAUGCUUGUAUCAAAGCUGAGGGAUGACAGGCUGCCUGAGGCAUGCAAGUAUGCUGAAGACAUGAUUGAUCGGGGUAUCAAGUUGAGCUCAUCAACGCUGUCGAAGCUGAAGCUGAGCCUGCAGAAGAUUAAGAAAGAUUGCAUAAUUCAGAGUUUGAAACACUUUGGAAUCGAAAGGCAUUACAGUUCUCCUGUACGGCCGCGCGCUACUUCGUCCGUCGUCGGCAUAGGCUGUAACCCGCUUCAGCAUCGCCUGAGCCUGGGCUGAGCUGAGCAUCGCGGCAUCGGUCGUCAAGUAUGCUCAUUUUUGGCAGGGGCUAGCAUUAGCACAGGAAAUGCCUCUUGCUCUCUUCUCUUCGUCAUCCAGAUGUUCUUCUCUUCCCAGUUUUUCCGUCAUGAUCUUCAAAAAGA